UCCUACAUACCAAGCUUAGGCACGCAUGCAGGGAAACCGCUCCAGAAAGACUUGGAUCUGCUCCGGUGCCGCAUGGGCAACGACAAUUACCGUAAACAAUUGCAAAUCCAAACAGCAAUAGCAGCAUUAAUAGAUAAGAGCAGUAGUAUUGCCCUAAUUGUAUCUAUUUUGGUGCGAAUUUAGCUUGCGGACAGCCAUGGCCAAUAUGGAAGCAGCAGCUGCAGACGGUCUGAAAGGCCUUCAGGAUUUGGGCAUCGACGCUAUGGAGCAUGUCUUUCGAUACGUGGUAAAGGGUGACUAUUCGGCCUUUCGCCAGGCUUGUCGUGCCGGGCGCUUGGCGGUGGAUAGCAACAUCACUAAAGUCACCAUCAACUUACUGCCCGAGGACCUUCAGGAGUGCUACAACGGAAAGCUGCUUUGCCUUAGUGAGCGCUUUACAAAACUCACAUUUGUCCGCCUAACUUUCCAGAUGGGCCAAGGCGUCACCGUUUCGGACGCUGUCCUAGUGGCCACGCAGCUAUUCAAAAAGCUUAACCUCGAAUCCCGUCAGCGAAUUACUCGGCUGGAGCUCGUGCAGGACCGUGGCGUCGUCGCCGAGUGCGCCGAGAUGGUCGUAGAGGCACUUGCGCAGCUUCUUCCGGGGCUCCAAGAGCUCGACAUACAACACUUCCACGGCAUGUCCUGCAUUGCUCCUUACCAGAGCGACAUGUACGGCACCCUGGCUGCCUGCCUGCCGCAGCUGCAGGCCCUAUCACUGCCAAGCUGGCUCACGGUUGCCGAGCUGCCCGUCCUGGCCCAGAAGGGCCUUCACCUGAGCUACUUGGAGCUCAGCGGGGGGACACGAAUGGAGCUCCUGGAGGCGUCUGUCAUCACCACCAUCGCCCAGCUGACCGCACUACGUGAGCUGCGCCUUACCGGUUUUGUGCUCAACGGGCCCAUGUCCGUACAGCUCCUGUGCCGCAUGCUGCCGGCCUCCCUGCAGCGCCUGAGGAUGCAGAGUUUCCUCACCACAUGGGGGGCCCACACCUUGCAUGCCCGAUUGGAUGCGGGCCGGAUGGUGGCGGUCGACCUGCUAGAGAGCAAUGCCAGGGACCUGGAGGGCCUGGUUAAGCUCAGCCGAGCGCUGUCGUACAUGUCGGACGGCGGGCUGCCGCAAGAGCAGGAGCCGCUGUUGCAGCAAGGCGAGCUGCGCGUUGCGGAGUUGACGCUGAUGGAAGUACGGCAGCUGGAGGAGGUGCAGCUGGAGAGGUUGUGGGAGCUGCGCAGGUGGUUUGCGCGACCGCGCGUCGGCUGCAUGACUGUCUCGGGAACCACCACCGCCGUCGUUACGCAAGUCAUUGAGUUGCUGGGGAUGCCGGAGGAGUUUUCGCUUGGUUUGCAGGAACUUUGGGUGGAGGUUAGCACCGGGGUCGCGGGAUGUCACGCACGGCUGCUGUCGGCAGAGCACCAACAGCAGCAGCUGCUGCUGAAGACGUCUGAGCCGCAUGCUGGGGACGGGACCCCGCCGCUGCAGCUGCCGUCAGCCGCUGCGCUCACGUCUGAGGUGGUGUCACGUUUCACGGCCGGGCCUGCCCGCACGUCAGAGACUGUAGCGGAGGUGGCGGCACGCACCUCGGACAAGUACUUCCUGGUCCGCGGACGUGCAGUAUCCCGCGCCAGGGUCAACGAUCUGUUGAAGGGAGCGCAGUUGUUUGCAGGUGUGCCCUGCCAGAAAGCUGAGAGCGGCAUUCGGGUUGGGGGCAUGGCGUACUAUGGCGUGGCCUGUGAUGCUGGGAGGGCGGCGGACAUCGCGGCUGCAGCUGAGGUGUUGGUGCGGGCGAGGCUGCUCGCGUGCCGCAUGGAGGUACUGCGGGUGGACUCGCGGUACGACAUCGCUGAGAAGGAUGUGGUCGUGCAGAGGAGCGGGCUGGACCCAAUCCAUGUGGCCUUUGAAGAGGUGCUGCAGGAGGCAUGGGACGCCUCCCAGGCCUCCGGCCACCCCUGCAGCUGGCGGCAGCAGGUGGAAUGGCUGGUGGGGCUGCAGCAGGAGAUGAACUGCUCGGGGGAGUCAGACGAGUACACUGACAGCGAGGAGGGUUACUGGAGUGAUGGGUAUAGCUCGGAUGAUGACAUUGUGACGGACAGUGAGGACGAAUCUGACGCGGAUGAGGAAGAGGGCGGUGAGGAUGAAGAGCCGGAGGGGGUGGGAGAGUCGGAGAGUGAGACGGACAGCGAGAUUGAAUGAACGGUGGUUGCCGUUGAGGUGGGGAAGCACGGUUUGGAGAAGACUGGUGAUAGGCUAGGAAAGCGGUGGAAAGGGUAAAUAUAUGACACGAGGCUGUAAUCCGGUAAGGGACAGCGCACACGGGGGGGGCACUGCACUGCCGUCUGCAUGCGAAUCGAGUGUGUGACAGCCGCAUGCUUUCCUGUAGCUGACCCCAUGAGUGACCUAGAUGACAUGACUACGUAGCGGUACAGCGGUUGCAAGUGCACAUCUUCAGGCCGUACGGCAGUGCUGCCCUUUCCAUGGCAAUACCAGAAGGCACCGCCUGGCUUGUGAGGAAGUGGACAUGGCCACAAUGCCACCUAAAAAUGCGGGUGUUGCGUUUGCAAAAGCCACUCCCAGGCCAUAUAAACUUGAUCCGGCCUUAUGCCUCGCGCCCCAUGCUUCUACUAAGACGGAUGUAAGUCAUGUAACGCGCGCGUAAUG